CUCUCCUCUCUCUCCAGUCUGUUUCUCUUCAGUUCCUUCCGCUUGCUCUCACCGAAUGCACCGGCCGUCUCUUCUUCUUCCUCCUCCUCUUCUUCUUCUUCUUUUUCUCCGCUCCUCUUCUCUUUAGGAUAUUUUCCACCCUGUAUCCAUAUGUCCGUAUAAUCUCUUCUGUAUCUCUCGUGUCUCCUCCACUUCACCUCGCUGUGCGUUUCUGCUUCUUGAGCAUGAGAGGAGUCGCUCUCUUUUCUGCCCUCCACCAGCAUGAGCCGAGCACAGGGAUCUCUCAGCGCAACUUUCGCACGGACGCAUUAAAUCGUCGUCCUGGAGCGCCGUUCCUCAUCACAGGAGAGAAGCAGAUUUAGGUCUCCAUAGAAUGGAGCGAGAAUGAACAGAGAGCGGCUGAAGGAAAAGCAUGAACUGGAGGGUCAUUGAGGUCACUUGCUUCCUGUUUCUAUGGAACCAUCUAGCAGUUGAGUCUUUGCGCCAGGAGCCGUCCGUCUCCGAGCACCAUGUCCCCAAGCACUUCGACUGGCUCAUCUCCGACCGCGGCCCUUUCCACCACAGCAGGGCCUACCUCGCCUUCGUGGAGAGAUUCCGCCAAGGAUUUACGACCCGAUAUAAAAUUUAUAGGGAGUUUGCGCGUUGGAAGGUGAGGAACACCGCCAUCGAGAGGCGGGAUUUGAUCAGCAAUCCCGUCCCCCUUAUGCCUGAGUUCCAGAGGAGCAUGAGGCUUCUGGGACGGCGUCCGUCCACGCAGCACUUCAUCGACACCAUCAUCAAGAAAUAUGGUACUCACAUCCUCAUCUCGGCCACGCUCGGAGGUGAGGAGGCUCUCACCAUGUACAUGGCAAAGAACAAACUGGACAGGAAGAUGGUGAACGCCACACAGGGGGUGGAAGCGCUGCACCAGCUUGCCUCGUCUUACUUCAUCGACCGGGACGGCACCAUGCGCAAACUCCACGAGAUCCAGAUCUCCAGCAACGCCAUCAAGGUAACAGAGACGAGGACUGGCCCUCUCGGCUGCAGCACCUAUGAUAACCUGGACUCGGUGAGCUCAGUGCUGCUGCAGAGUCCAGAGAGCAAACUACAUCUGCAAGGUCUCCAGGUGAUUCUCCCUGAGUACCUGCAGGAGAAGUUUGUGCAGUCUGCUCUAAGCUACAUCAUGUGCAAUGGCGAGGGAGAGUACGUGUGUCGCAGCAACCAGUGCAUCUGCCAGUGCGCUGACGAAUUCCCACAAUGCAACUGUCCCACCACCGACCUGCAGAUCAUGGAGAACACGCUCCGGGGAAUGUCCGAGUCCUGGGCCGCUUCCUACAAGGACUUUGAGAACUCAGAUGAGUUCAAGUCGUUCCUGAAGCGUCUGCCCUCCACACACUUCCUGCCGGUGAGCAGUGUGCACUUGCUGUGGGGAAGCGACUGGGAUCUGCAGGCUCGUUACCGGUUGCUCCAGAGCUCCCUUGAGGUCCUGAGGCUGAAGAUUCAGCGCACGGCACGUAAACUGUUCAGCCUUAGCAUCCGCUGUCACCAUAACCCCAACCAUCAGAUGCCUAGAGAAAGGUCUGUUCUGCAGUGGCUGAACCGGGUGCAGUCCUUCCUCUACUGCAAUGAGAAUGGCUUCUGGGGCACCUUCCUGGAGAGCCAGCGCACCUGCGUGUGCCACACGGGCAUCACAUUGUGCCAGCGUCCAAUCCCGUGCGUGAUCGGCGGCAACAACAGCUGCGCCAUGUGCAGCCUGGCUAACAUAUCUCAGUGCGGCUCGUGCAACAAGGGCUACAAGCUGUACCGCGGCCGCUGCGAGCCGCAAAACGUGGACUCGGAGCGUAGCGAGCAGUUCAUCAGCUUCGAGACAGAUCUGGACUUUCAGGACCUGGAGCUGAAGUACCUGUUGCAGAAGAUGGACUCGCGCUUGUACAUCCACACCACCUUCAUCAGCAACGAGGUGCGUCUGGAGACCUUCUUCGACCCGCGCUGGCGCAAGCGCAUGUCUCUGACGUUGAAGAGCAACAAGAACCGCAUGGACUACCUGCACAUGAUGGUGGGCUUGUCCAUGAAGAUUUGUCAGAUGCGGAACAGCAGCAUGGACCCCAUGUUCUUUGUUUAUGUCAACCCAUUCAGCGGAAGCCACUCGGAAGGAUGGAGCAUGCCAUUUGGUGAACAUGGGUACCCUCGCUGGGAGAAGGUCCGGCUCCAGAACUCGCAGUGUUUCAACUGGACCCUGAUGCUGGGCAACCGCUGGAAGACUUUCUUUGAGACAGUGCACAUCUACCUGCGCAGUCGAGUCAAGGGGCCCACCGUCCUGCGCAAUGACACCGGCCAUGGCCCCGUGGACCUUUCUGACCCCAACAAGCGCCAGAUCUAUAUCAAGAUCUCUGACAUCCAGGUGUUUGGCUAUAGCUUGCGCUUCAACUCCGACCUUCUCCGGAGUGCCGUCCAGCAGGUCAACCAGUCCUACACGCAAGGGACUCAGUUUUACUCGUCCUCGUCCAUCAUGCUCCUGCUCCUGGAUAUCAGGGACAGGAUUAACCGUCUGGCCCCUCCAGCGGCACCCGGGAAACCCCAGCUAGACCUGUUCUCCUGUAUGCUCAAGCACCGACUCAAGCUCAACAACAGCGAGAUGAUCCGUGUCAAUCAUGCGUUGGACAUGUACAACACGGAGAUCUUGAAACAGUCGGACCAUCUGACAACCAAACUUUGCUGAGAGUUAAAUGCUAAUGAAAGGAGCAAACUUGCCGCAGAGCAACAUUUGGAGAGGACGUACAAGGAUUCUUUUUAUUUCCCUUUCCUUUGGGACUUUUUUUUUGAUUUUUUGAUGUACUAUUAACAACUUUGUAAGUGUAAUUGUUAAAUAAGAAACUAAAAAUACAGAGAUUAAGCCUUUUAGUUCACUGCAGAAGGAGGAAAAAAAAUGAACAUGACUGUACCAUAUUUGUCCAAGCAUGUCUGUCACUUCCAAAUGGAUCAUUAAAAGAAAAGAAAAAAAAAUACACACACACAUAUAUAUAUAUAUAUAUAUAUAUAUAUAUAUAAAUAUAAAUAUAUAUUAAUAAAUUCAACAUCCGAUGAUGACAAAGAGGCCUUGAUAUUACUCAGAGGGAACAAAGGUCCAUCUGAAACUGCCAUUCUUUACUGGGUAAAUGUUUCUAACCAAUUAGCAGAGAUCCUUUUAAUUUGACGACUUGCAGCAUACAGAACAUUUCGCUAGUCUUAGAUCUAUCCAGUUUAAAGACGACAGCAAGUCAUUAUCUGUAUAGCGUUCCUUCUUCCUCUGUUUAAUCGUCCCUCUGAGUGUGCUUGGCAUGAUACAAGGCAGAAAGGAAAACAUUCUCCACUAAAACAGCUGUUUAUAGCUCCAGUUGUGUUAAUGCCUAACGCUAUUUGCUGUUUGCUAGUCGCUCGUGUCAUUCAAGAAUGAGUGACCAAAGCCGAUCCUAAUUUUUUAAUUAUUAGUAUUAUUAUGAUUUUUUAAAAUUUAUUUAUUUUUUUGGAUCAAGAGUGAAUUGUCUGUGGCUUGAAGGCUUCUAUGAUAAAAAAAAAAAAAAGAGAGAGAGAGAGAGAGAGAGAGAGAGAGAGAGAAAGAAAGAAAAAAACAUCCAGCCUGUAACUGCUGACAUGUCAAUUUUUUCAUUUAAUUAAUUUAUUUUUUAAUUUUGAGCGCCGAAAAUCGACCGAUUUUGAGUCCGUUACACUUGCAAGAGACGACAUAAAGCCAUAUUUCCCAGGGGAAUAAAAAAAAAUAAAGAUAGGCUUGUACACAUUUAUUUUGAGAAUGAUUUCCUACACAUGAGUUUGUAUAGUUUUUUUGUCAUAUGAAAAAAAUAACGUAGUGGUCCGCGAACUACAUAAGACAACUACGACGACGACGGAUUGCUGCGGCGUUUUUCCUGAAGCCAGAUGUGGACAUGUGAAAGUUCUUCAUGUUGAGUUUAGCCUCGUAUUCGACUGUAUGAUGUACGCUUCUUUUUUGAAAAUGUUUUUUUUUUUUUUUUGUACGUUCAAAGUCCGGAUUCUGUCGAACUGCGUACCAUGUCACCCUUACGAUCUCUUAUUCUGAUUAUUAUUAAUGAUUAAUUAUUAAUUAUCAUUCAGUCUUAUUAAGUGCCUGCUACCUAUCCCUUUAACCAUUUCCACCAAGGUUCCAUGGCAUUCUCUGAUCUGAUCCUCCAUUUUUUCCCCCGGAUCUCACGUUUUUUCUUGCGUCAGUACUGAACAGGGGCAGACGGGAAGUUUUGUCCACAUCCUCUCUGUAUUCUGCAUGUAUUUAAAGGAGACUUGAGUCGCCUCCUUCGCUGAAAACACUUAAGAUGUAUAUUGUAUGUGUAAAUAGCUACAUUGCCUUGGUAUAGCCAUGAACAUGAAAACCGACAGCUUUUCUUAGGUCACCGCCAGUUUUUUCAGCCACGGCAACUCGAGCACAAGAUAACAGAAGGAUUGCGAGCCCCUGGGUUAAUUUAUAUUUUUUCUCGCGCAGAAAGAAGAAGAAGAAGAAAAAGAAAAA